AUGGUCUACUCGCUCGUCACGAGCGACCUGCUCGACCCCGUCGACUCACCCGGUGGCUACAGUCCUCCGGCCUGGCGCCGUCUGGGAAACGGGAACCGCGACAGCGGCUUCUGGCGCAAGACUAACGACAUUCUCGGCACGUGCCCGCCGCGGGACUCGCGUGCGUCGAGCCCCGCGUACGACGACGGCGACCUGCCGGGCGACGACGUCCUCGACCGCGCCGUGAGGACGAGGCUGCCGACGGGAAGCAUGAGCCCCGACAAGCGCAGGUCGCCGAGCCCGGCGCCCAAGCGUGAGGAGACGACAACGCUGAAACUCGACGACAUGGCCUGGAAAGGGUCGUCGCGUCUGGGUGAGGUGCGCAGCGCCGAGGGCCCCGACAAUUACAUCCGCUUCGCGUUGCGGGCGGAGGUGCAGCAGCGCACGGAACCGAUUGAGCGGGCCGUCCAUUUUCUGCGCGCGCGGUGGGCCGCCGCGACCAAGUCGUGGUCGUCGCUCCUUCUCUCCGUCCUCGUCGCCGUUGUCUCCGCGACAGCGCUCCGCAACCUCUUCCAGCCGGCGACGCCCAGGCCCGUGCCGGACCUCGUCAAGGUGGCGGGGAUCGCGCGGUCGUUCGAGCCGCUCAUCUACUUUUCGGAGAACGGCGCGUCGCAGGUCGGCGACCUGCAGGCGACGGGCGUGGCGGUGUGGGAUCUCGGCGAGAGCGUGCGGUCGAGCAACAUGACGUCGGCGCCGAUCAUCGUCAAGGAGCUCGACGAGCUCAGCGACAGCCUCAAGACGCUCGCCGUGGAGCUGACCAAGUUCUUCGCCAACGUCGACGGCGACAUUGACGGCAUCCUCCUCGUCAUGGACUGGGCGCGGCGGGAGCUGGCGCAGGUGCAGCAGCUGGCGUCGCCGCCGCUGACGGCGGCGUUUGACAACGUGCACAACCUGCUGUCGCGGGCGGGUGUGCUCGAGACGGCGGCCGGGCGCCCGACGCGCGCGGGGGCGCUCGUGACGGCGCUCUUCGGGCUGUCGAACCCGCAGCGCACGCAGCAGGCGCUCGAGCGGACGUUCCACGAGUUCCUGUCGGUGCUCGAGGAGGCGAUCGAGGCGGAGCUGCAGCACUCGCUCGCGCUGUUCGGGCUCUUCGAGGCCAUCGACCGGCAGUUCCUCAACCUCGCGCGGACGGUGGUGCGCGAGGCCAGCGCGCAGGAGGACAUGCAGGCCGAGGUGCUGUCGUCGCUGUGGACGCGGAUCCUCGGGGCCAACGCCGGGGCCGUGGCCAAGUUUGCGCGCAACAAGCUGCUGCUGCAGAACGUGCGCGAGAAGACGGUGCGCAACAAGGGCGUGCUCGUCGAGCACAACGGGCGGCUGCUGACGCUCAAGGCGAACCUCGAGAGCCUGCGGCGGAAGCUCGUCAGCCCGCUCGUGCGCAGCGUCAACUCGAGCACGCUGACGCUCGACGAGCAGGUGCGCGGGCUCGAGACGGUCGGCGGCUACCUCGAGGGCGUGCGGGCGCGGCAGAAGGGCAAGCUCAUGGCCAUGCUGUACGGCGGCGCACGGGGGAUCGACGACCGAGCCCUGCCGUGA